AUGCCAAAGUACAACGGUGAUAGCAUCACUGAACUCAUCAGCGCCCUGUGUGACAGUAGCCUGUCAGGGUUUUCAUGGAAACGUCGUUCCCUGUGCGGAGUGUCACAAGAGGGCAUCCGCCGUACUCUCUGGAAAUGUGCCUUCAGGGUCCUCCUAUCAAAACUCUUCCAGGGUGACACUUCUAAAGCUGCUGCAUCGUCCUAUGCCCUUGCUUCCACACCAGCGCGAAACAAAAUAUUGAUGCUUUCUUUCAACCUACGAGUGGCGGGCUGCCAGGAGGAGGCUGAGAGGCUGGAGUGCUUCCUGGCCCAGCUGCAUGAGGGAGCCUCCUCGGCAUUGACAGAGCUUGAUGCUGUGCUGGAACUCCUGGCACUGCUGGCUGGUUCUGCUCCCCAGCCGCCAACCUCUCUUAGUCAGGGCUACAUGUGCCGUGAAUGGGCCACACUCCGCAGGCCUCCACUUGGCAGCUACCAGAGUGUAGAACUGCAGUGCCUGGAGGCCCGGGCUUGGGUGAUGGUGUGUCAAGAGGAGUGGGCUGCUCUCAGGGGUUUCUGUGGGACCCUAAGCCUCAUGGAUGCUCCACCUGGGACUGGACUGCUGGCUCUAAGGGGGAGAUCAGAGCAAAAAGAGGGCUUUGAGAAGGAGACGAGGUUGUCUCUGUUUGGAGCACUGCAACACACACGCACUUCUAGCCUAGACAUCCGGCUAGACCUCCCACCAGUGCCCAGCAAUGCAGAUGUUACAGGCCUAGUCAUUCGGGUUCCCCAUUCUCUAGAUCAGUCUGAGGAUGAGGGUUUCCAGUCAGCCUCUAACUUGACUCCUGACUCCCAGUCUGAACCCAGCCCAGAGCUUGACAUCUGGGAAGCCCUGCGCACCUUCGAGCCCAAGCGACACCGCUGUUGGGAAAAUGUUGGCUGUCCUCCAGGUCAGAGAGAGUCCCAAUACUUGUCGGAGGGAGGCAGAGAAGCCUUUGAUCAGCUCUACAGGUUGUGGGAGGGAGAGAUUAGAGUGUUGAGCUCCACUCAAACCCCUUCCCCCCUUCUCCCUUUGCCCUUGAAUUGCCAAAGCCUGCUGGUUAAAGACCUCCUCAAUGUCCUCAUUGGGGUGGCAUCAACAACCUUUACCCUCAAUGCGGCUUGUGUGCAGUUUGAUGUUCGCCCUGGUGUGUGUGUGUCAGGAGCCUCUCCAGAGAGUGCGUCGAGGUUGCUGGGAGAGCUGGCUCAGUAUGGUACACACUACCUAAGACUCAGUCGCUUCUCCAUUCAGAGUGCUCAUAAACGAGGACUUGUCUUUCAGGCUUUUGCAGGGAGCCUGAGGCGGUAUCUGCUGUACUACAGGGCCUGCGUGCUGUGCACCCCAGCCACCUUCAGCCUUCUCACCAUCAGUUUCCUCUUCCGCAAGCUGGGCCGCCAGCUCAGGUAUCUGUCAGAGCUUUGUUGUGUGGAUGGAGCUUCAGGUGUGGGCCAAGCCACGUUCCCUGUGGGAGUGAAGCUUUUGUCCUACCUGUACAACGAAGCCCAGAGUAACUGCAGUAAUGAAAACUAUCCUGUGCUGUUGUCUCUGCUCAAGAGUAGCUGUGAACCCUACACUCGGUUUGUUUCUGACUGGGUAUACAGUGGCGUCUUCAGGGACGUGUAUGGAGAGUUUAUGAUCCAGGUCAAUGAAGACUACCUCAGUUGCAGAGACAAACACUUUUGGGUGCAGGGCUACACUCUGAUCUCUCAGGAUGUGGAGGAGUGUGUGCCAGUCUUCCUCAGACACAUAGCCAGUGAUGUAUAUGUCUGUGGCAAGACCAUCAACCUGCUCAAGAUCUGCUGUCCCCAGCAUUACAUCUGCUGGUCAGAGCUGCCUGUGCCUCCGAUUGCUGUGACCUUCUCCCGGCAGGAAGUGGAGGAAAUUGAGCGGCACUGUGCCAUUUACCGUGGGCGCAUGGAGCGGAUUGGCAAACACAGUGCCAUCAGCAGGGAAGAACAGGCUCGACGAACAGAGCAAGCAUGCCAGGAACUCAUCAACCAGGCCAGGGAGACUGCUGCAAAGACACUGGACAAUAUCAGAGGGCGGCAGGUAUCCCAGCGUCUUGCAGAGGAAGCCAAGAAGAGACAACUCUUUGAGGAAUUGAGACAGCAGUUGGAACUUCAGCAGGAGUGGCGUAUUACAGCCAGGCAGAAGGAGCAGGAGGAUGACUAUGGAUUUGCCCGGGAACUAAGAGACAGAGAGAAACGACUGCAGGCCCUUGAGAAGCAGCUGGAAAAUAGGGCAAGGAAAGAGCUGAUUGCACGGUACAGCCGCCUGUCAAAGGAGGCAGCAAAACGAGAGCAGCGAGCUAUGUGGAGGGUGCAGAGAAUGAGACUGGAGGAAGUGAGAGUCAGAUUUCUACAGCAAGACAAAAAGAAUACCAAGACUCUUCUAGAAAGGUGUCUUUUAGGGCAGAAGGGAGACAUUUUGGGGAGGCUUCCCUCAGACGAAGCAUCUCUACAGCAAGCACAGGAGACACUCAGCUCUGAGCAGGGCUGUGAGAAUCAUCACCCAGAGGCCCCAGUCAUGAACAUGCCCCCUCUCCCUCCCCCUGUCCAUCCAGCCUGCCCCACCAUCAGAGAGGGUGCACUGAUCCUCCAUAAACCUCUGCAAGAGUCAAUAAGCAAGACAGUCACCCAGGCACUUCAGGACAUUGAGUCUGACCUUUACAAAUCUCCUAAGGUCCCUGUUUCCAACACAGAUUAUGACUUAUACAUCCCUCAAGGCCCCUUGGAAGUGGCUCACAUUGGGCUCCAUUUGCCCAUGCCCCACACCCAUUUAGGGGAAAAUGUUUUGGGUGUCAAAGUGUUUGUCUCGACCCCGAGGUCACAGAGUCACACGAUGCAGACAGAUUUUGUUCUCGGGCAGCGUACGCCAGAGCUGCUACUGUCUGAACACCAGGUCAUGGUCCAGCCCUCUCCUUUGUCAGAACAUGUAGGAUACAGCAGUAACAGCACUGCAGAGCAGAGGGGUGGUAAUACCCAUGUCGCGUUUGGGCUGCAGAGCACAGCCCCAUCAGAGCCGAGGAUGCCUGCCGCUGUAGAGGAGAGUCACAUGCUGGUCAGCUUGCUGCAGACUACAGAGAGAAAGAGCUCAGAUAUGCAGGCUACAGAGAGAGAGAGCUCAGACAUGCAUGUGAAGGUUCACACAGCUGUUGCACAGAGAACAGAGGGGCUCUCUGCACGUUGGCCAGAAUCAGUACUGAAACAUGCUGAAGAGAAACUAGUGAAGGUCAGGGUCAUUGAACAGACUACUUUGGAUAUGGUAGUUUCGGAGACUUCCAGCACUUAUAUUCAUGACCAAGUUUCUGACACCCAUACAGAGGUUGUUUCUGACAAAUCCAUGCCUUUGCCCUCUUUGAGCAUGAUUGGUCAUGUCUGUCAUAACAAGAGUGGGAUAAGGGAGGGUGAACUUACCCUUGAGGUGAAAGACCAUCUCUCAUCACCUGAUAUUCAUGGGCACGCCUCUGAUGCCCAUAUAAGGGCUGGAGAACAUGUUUCCGUGGUUACCGUCCCUAUUCCCACCCCCAGUAUUCACAGACACGCCUCUGAUGCCCAUAUUAAGGUUGGAGAACAUGUUUCCGAGGUUACCGUCCCUAUUCCCACCCCCAGUGUUCACGGACACGCCUCUGAUGCCCAUAUAAGGGUUGGAGAAAAUGUUUCCGGGGUUACCGUCCCUAUUUCCACCCCAAAUAUUCAUGGUCACGCCUCUGAUGCUCAUAUUAAGGUUGGAGAAAAUGUUUCUGAAGUCAUGGCCACUAUUCCCCUCAUGAAUAUUCAUGGUCACGCCUCUGAUGCUCAUAUUAAGGUGGGCGAGUUCAUUUCGGAUGUAAUGCCAUCACGCCCGCGUUGGAACAAACAUGGUCAUUCCUCUGACUGUAACCUCACAGUGGGUUGCGUGGUGCCUGAGAGAAAACCUAUGCCCGUUCCCUUACUUGGAAGUGGUUAUAGAUGCUACUCAGAUUCUAAAGUUGGCAUUGGGAGUGUAGACAUAGACACAGAUCCAUCCCAGCUCCCCAAACCCAGCUGUGAUAUUUGGCCCUCCACGGAUUCUACCAUGGAUGUUCGAUUUGUUGCACCUGGUACGGAGCCUCUGCCACCCUCUGUGUUGGGCGUUGCAGAUGGGAACCCCUCGGAUACCACCCAGCCUGCAGGCACUGACCCAUUGCCUCAGACUAAGCCUCCUGGAAAAGACAAACACAGCCAAGACAUCCAAGACAGCCAUGGCAGUCAGAGAGAGACCAGCUAUGAGUUCCUUCCCUCCAAUGAGGGCCUGACGGCCUUGGCUCGAGGACUGGGCCUGUCCUCUGGACACAGCUCAGAGGAUGACUACCUUCUCUCACUGGCCGCACAGUACCAGGUGGAGCAGUAUCAGGAUACCUACAGUCUUCUGACGUCAGGCUCUGAGUCUGCGCUGUUGCAGCAGGUGAUGCGAGGCCCCUAUGGACUGCCUGUCGACCCCUCCCUGCACAGGGCCACAGACACCACAGCUGUGCAGCUCAGUGAGAUGGUGUCAUUGCCUGUGCUGAUGAAGCACUCAGUCACCAUGCCUCUCAUCACUCACGUAUCUCUGGUGAAUAAAGCAGUGGUGGAUUACUUCUUUGUGGAGCUUGGCGUGGAGCGACAUUUUGAAGCUCUUAAACACUUCCUGCUGAUGGAGGAUGGAGAAUUCGCCCAGUCUCUCAGUGACUUGCUCUUUGAAAAGCUGGGUAACGGGCAGACCCCUGGAGAGCUCCUGACUCCUCUGGUGCUAAACUCCAUCCUUAGCAAAGCCCUGCAGUACAGUGUGCAUGGGGACAGCAGGCUGGCCGCCAACUUCACCUUCGCUCUUCGCUUCCUUCCCGAGGCAUUUCACCCCCAUGCCCCAGACGCACUCAACUGUCUUGAGUUACGCUAUAAGGUGGACUGGCCUUUGAAUAUCAUUAUCACAGACAGUUGCAUGAACAAGUACAACCGCCUGUUUUCUUUCCUGCUGCAGCUGAAACACAUGGUAUGGACUUUGCGAGACGUCUGGUUCCACCUCAAGAGGACAGCUCUGGUGCAGGGCGCAGGUCGGUCAGUGCAGUUCCGGCAGCUACAGCUGUACAGGCAUGAAAUGCAGCAUUUUGUGAAGGUGAUUCAGGGCUACAUUGCAAAUCAGAUUCUUCAGGUGUCCUGGAGUGAGUUCACACAAAAGCUGAGCAGUGCCAGUGACCUGGACACCAUUCACCACACCCACUCUGACUACCUCAACAGAGCCAUUUUCAGGGGUCUCCUCACAGAAAAAGCAGCCCCUGUAAUGAAUAUCAUUCACAGUAUCUUCAGUCUGAUCCUCAAGUUUCGUGCUCAGCUCAUCGCACAGCCCUGGGGCACCCAGGAGAGAGAGGCUGUGCAUCCCAACUUCAUAGCCAUGCAACAGUCAUACAACACUUUCAAAUACUACUCUCACUUCCUCUUUAAAGUGGUUACCAAACUGGUCAACAAAGGCUACCAACCUCACCUGGAAGACUUCCUCCUCCGUAUCAACUUCAACAACUACUACAAAGAUUCCUGAGGGUUUUACCUGUUUGUGUUUGUGUGUAUGUUUGUG